GUUAGCCGCCAGUGCCGCGCUGGGUGUCUGUCGGUCCGCACCUCUCUGUACCACUGGCUCCAGUAGUAACUGGACUCGCAUUCUACACUUUACCUCACACUUCUCUACAAACUUUUGAAUGAACAUACAGACAUCGCUGUCUUCUGUACCACAUCAGUGAGGCAGAAACACUAAUCACUAAGUCUGAAGUGAGUUCUGGGGCGAGAACACGCGGACAACAACGCCUCCGCUGAUCACUGUCUGUCCCGCGUUGAAAUCUCGUUGCGUCCAGCGGCAGGAUGAGACUAGCGAUGGUGUCUCCUGUGGUGGUCGUGUUGGCGGCUGCGGUGGCGGCGGCGGCAGCCAUUCCUAACCCUCUCCUGGACUCCAACACGGCCCUGCAGGUAUUGCAGCGGUUGGGUCUGCACCGCGGCGACUCCAUCCCCACCGUAACCAAGGCAGAGAAGCUACGCGAGGGCGACUCCCCCGUCUACUACAUCAAGAUGCCGCCGCUGCCUUACUACUAUGUCAACCACAACACACUCACGCAGCACCACGCCCACCAACCCGCGCCGGGAUUGCCCUUCAAGAAAGUUGACAUCAACUUCAUGAACAACGGCAAGCCAACACAGGUGUACCACUGGCCGCAACACUCCACAACGCCCGCCUUCUGGAUGCCUCCCACCACCACCACCACCACCCCACGACCCACCACCACCACCACUACCACGCCCAGAUACACCAAAAGGCCUUGGGUGGCCCUCAACAAGUACUUCCCGUACAACGGGCGGCCCUCCAGCGUGUACGUCUACAAGCCACAGCGCAAGAUCAACAUGGACAGAUACAGGCAGCACUUUUUCAAGCACUUUAACUAUUAGAUACAUUCCGCGGGAACUUCGUCUGUUUAGUGAAGUGCACCCACGCAAGGACAGAUAAUGUAGACACACGCAAAUAAGGAGCGCCAUGUAGGAAGAGAGUGACGAAUGAAAACAGCCUCAUCUCAAAGGACUUUCGCUGCUUGAAGGAAUCCCAAGAAGAAAGGAACUAAAGAAGCGAUGAGUGCAAAGAGCUUUCGUAGAGAUUUAUAUACAACUACAUCCCUGAUUAUCCAGAGUGACAGUGCCUGCCCUCAUCCCCCCACCAAACACACACGUGCCAUGGGUCUCGCUGUCACCUGAAGGUAUUCUUGGGUCACGUCUCCCUACUCAGGCAUUCCAGGCCGCGUAUCAAAUUAUAGUACUUUGUGGAUCACUAAGUCGUCAGAAAAGGAAGAGGAGGAGGGACAGGGAAGAGACUCUGCAUCAACAUGCACGCCUCCACCUGUAACACACCGUGACAGUGCAUGGUGGCGGCGGCGGCAAGCUGUGGCUGUGCAAUACAUUACAGAUGCUGACGCUGAUGGGGACGCUUUGGUCAGCCAUGUUGGUUAUAAUGAGUACAAUUUAGUACUUCUUAGUGUUUCAGACUAAUCCAAUUGUAUGAUUUAUUUUUUUGGGGCGGAUAAGCCGUAAACUGAAGUGAGUGUACUAUUUUGUCUUCUGCCGUGUGUACAUGGUUAUGUAUGUGAUCGACAGAAUAAUAUAACACCCUUAACUUAUUUAUGAAGAGAACAUUGUCGCAGUAAAAGUAGCCGGUCCCAUGCGAGCAACGCGCAAGAUCAAAUCUCAUGAAGUGCAAACAGGAAGGCUGCUGGACACAGCUCCUGAGAUAGAUUGCACCAUAAUAUUUAUAUAUUUUUUUCAUGUAUGAAACUGUAAUCUGUGAUAAAGUUUUGAGGUUAUGCAUACAACAUUCACUUCUGUUGGCAUUCUCGAUCCUUUAGUUAUUAUAUCAGACCCUGUGCACCAACAAGAAAAACAAGAACGUACAGUAGGCAGCAUAUUUCUACAGACCUCCUUUCUCCCAUGAUGUUUAUGAUAUCUAUAAAAAAACAUUACACUCGAUCGUUUUCCAGAUUAGUCAUAUUGUAUUCCACCUUAAGCCGUCCCAUGGCCAUCAACCUCUCCUCCCUUCACUGCCUGGACGUGUGGAAGACCUCACUGCUACUCACCAUAGCAUCUCACUUGCUAUAUGACAGGGAUAUGGAUAUUAACCACAGUACACACACCACCAGUGCCCUUCCUCCCGCUCAAUAAUAGUGGAGAAACAUUAUAUAGCAAUCACUCAGUAUAAACAUGGCGGUGGUGAAAGCUCAGCCAGUCUUGCCUCGCCCUCACUACAUUCGUGACAUUUAUAUUCAUUGAAAUGAUAACACUAUAAUUAAUCAUUCAUUCAUUGGAUUCCACAUAUUUGCCUUUAAUUGUAUCAAUGAUUAUGAUGAUAAAAUACUGUGAUGAUUAAUUUAUUUAUUUGAUUUAUAUUGUUGCCGUGUCUUAAAUAAAUCAGUCAAUGUCAUUAUAUAUAUAUAUAUAUAUAUAUAU